GAGGUGCUUCUAGAGACGUCGAGAAAGAGAGUUGGAGAGGGAAUAGCAACGGAAAAUCUUCUUUAUUAGAGAGUAGAGGGAUUGUUCUUUACCGUCUCCAUUUCCCGUUACUGGUUGUUCACCUUUCUGGUUUUCUAACUCCAGUUUCCGGCGUUCUCUUCAUUCAGAUGGCUGGCUUCUCGUCUGCCAAGAUGAAGAGGAAGGAUCUUCAAAGUGAUCUGUUCGAUCGCUUCCACGAUUUUUCCAUCUCUUCUCCGGCUCGGAAGAUUCGCCGCCUGGAUGGCACAAUGCCCCCUAUUUUGGAAGAAGAACCAGAAAAUUCUGGGGCUUUUAGUUAUCAAUCUCCUGGUGUUCCUCUUGGUAUGAAAUAUGAUCAACAACAGCCAGCAGCUCUUCUCACUGAAGCAAAUUCACCUUUCCUGCUGAAUCAAGAAAAAGCUCUGGUUCUCUACAAACCUGUGAAUGGAACUAGUUACUUGCCAUUGUUGGAUUUGAAGGUUCCGAUAUCAUCAGAUAUUUCUUUCAAAGUGGAUUCAGAUAUUGUCACAGGUUUAAAGGACCAGUUGACCCCCAGACCAAGGGCAGCUUAUUUGAAAGAAGUUGGAACAAGCGAGAUGCUGGCUCUUGUCCCUUGGAUGCCAUCUUCUCAUCUGCCCAAACAUGACAAGUUGGCAGCCCAGGCAGCAGUGGACGUGCCAUUUGAACCAAUGGAAGCUGAAGACAUGGAUACAGAAAUGGAGGAAGACACAGCAGUCGGUGUUACAAUGCUGCCUCCUGCAGGUGCGGGAACUGAAGGUUUGACCUGGCAACAGCAGCAUUGUAUGAUUCCUCAGCCUCCUCAGCCAACGAAUCCUGUAAUGUGGUCCUGGUAGAGAUUAGUUCACCUGAUUUCUUUACUGCCUUUGGGGUAAAUUGACAGGGCCUCCACUUCUGGGCAUCCAUCUAAUUUUGUAUAUAUGGCUUGGGUUGGGCAAAAGCCUCCACUUAGCUUAGGCGGUUCUAGUUUCAAUUCUUGAAAAUCUUAGCAGUUGUACAGCAGAAGGGUGCCCUUCCGAUCUUCUGAGGCCUGAGCAAUGGAAGUGGGUUUUUUGUGUAUAUACGUUGUUGGUAGCAGUGUUAUCAGAUGUGCACGCAUCACCGCAUGAUGCAUGCGCAACAUGCACUCCAUGAAUGCAUCAAAACAUGGGGUUGAUGUGCAGUGGACCUGAUGCGUGCGCAUCAUCCUCAGGACGAGUCGUCUGACGCGUGUGUAUCGGGCGUCCACGUUUUUUUCAUUGUUUAAGAUUUUUUCUUUUUAACUUUUCUUUCUGGUAGUUCUGUAAAAUUACUCUUAUUAGUUAUAGACUUUCCCCUUUCUUCUUC